AUGGGUAAGGUUUGCAGUCCCGUUUUGAGUGAAUACAAUAAGGAAGAAGAGAAGGUUGAUGUUUCAGAUGAUAAAAAAAUGUGCCCUUCAGCUUCAAAUGUCAAUCCAAAUAAGAAUUCGAGCAAUGUGAUAAAGUUAUGGGUUGAUUUGGAGAAGAAAAUGAACACUCGUUUUGAUGAGUUGAUGAAGCAACAAGAUGAAAUGGACUCCAAAUUGGACUUGGUGUUAUCAAUGAUGGUUCGUAGUUCUGGUUGUAAAUCUAAUCAGCCUGAGUUUGAGUUGGAGGCUAAACAUAAUGGCAUAAAAGUUGAUGGUGGUGAGUGCGGAGAUGCAUAUAGCUAUGUCACUCCACCUACUUUUAAUGGUGAUGAUGUUGUUUGCAAUAACAAAAAUGAAGUUGAGGUCAAAUCUCCUCAUCCUAGGCCAAUGAGAAAAAGGAAAUGUGCUCCUGCCCUAAUGACACCAUAUACAGACCCAACAAAAAGGAGAAAAUUUAGAAAAGGUGAAGGGUUCAAAGUUGAUCCAUUUCGCAAGAUUGACGAGCACAAGGAAGAGGCUUUUAUGAAGUGGUUCAAUGAGAACAACACAAGCAUGUUAAUUAACUGUGGAACCGGCAGCUACCAAAGGAAAUACUUCGAGCAGUUAUUUACCCCAGCAACAUGGAUGUCUACUGAUAUGAGGCUUUAUGGGGCAUGA